AAUAUUUUAAAAACUUCUCUUCAAAUAUAAAAUAAAUUUUAAGAGGAAAAAAUACUGAGCUACCAUGUGCGAAGCGGGCCGUGGCCGCCGCUACGAGGAGGUAACCGGCCUACAUCGCAUUACCGAAGCGGGCCUCAAGGAAAUAUGCAAGCGGGAUAAAUUAUAUCAAACGCCACGCCUCAACGAUGUGCUCUACUUGCACUUUCAGGGCUAUCAGUGUAUAGAAAACCUGGAUGAAUACACAGAACUGAAGACCCUUUGGCUUGAGAGCAACGCCAUUUCGGAAAUACAAAAUCUCACGAAGCUCACAAAACUCAAGUGCUUGUAUCUGCAGAAUAAUUUGAUAACCAAAAUCGAGAAUCUGGAAUACAAUCGCGAUUUGGAUACCCUGAAUGUUAGCCAGAAUCACAUACGUAAAAUUGAGAAUAUUGGCACGGAAAUUCUGCCUGUGCUAAAUACCCUCAACAUUACCUCGAAUUAUCUGACGGACAGUGCCAGUUUGGCCUAUUUGGUCGAGUGCAAGACAUUGUCGGUGCUGGAUUUGGCCAACAAUCGCAUUGAUGACAUUUUGAUUGUGAAAAUAUUCGAACAAAUGCCCAACCUAAAGGUGCUAGUGCUGCAGGGUAAUCCCGUGGUCUCCCGACUGCCGCAGUAUCGCAAAACUUUGAUAUUGGCGUGUAAAGAGCUUACGUACCUGGAUAGUCGUCCUGUGUUUCCACGUGAUCGCGCCUGUGCCGAGGCCUGGAAACGCGAUGGCUACGAAGGCGAACGCAAGGAAAAUCAACGCUGGAUUCGUGUCGAGCGUCGCAAGACACGUGAAAGCGUCAACUGUACCAUACGCAUGCGCAAUAGACAUUUGAAACCCGAAGACCAGGUGGCCCUACUGCAUUCCAGUGAUUCCGAGGAGGAUCAAAAGGGCAUUGCGGAUGCAGAAAAGACACGCAAGCGAGCCGAAAUGGAAUAUGGUUCAGUGGAUGCCAUGUGGGAUGAGGUUUCUGGUGAAAGUCAGGCCUCGGACCACAGCACCACAAGCUCCGCAUCGGCUGAGGAUAAUGAAAGUGUUGGCUCGCAGGAGGAUUACAUUGCCGAGCGCAUCAGCAAUCGUCGUGUAAAGUCGCUGGAGGGCAGGCCCAAAGUGCUGUACGAUGAGGCAGUAACGGGCGAUUUUGAAAGCAUUGAGAAACUAGUCAAAAAUACUGAAGAAAAGGAACAGAAUAAUUUUGAUAUCUCAGAGUUGGAGCAGCAAACCGAGGGCAAGAGAAUUCUCAUUGAAGAAAUGGAUGGAAAUACAAAUGCUACUUUGGAUAAUCAGAAAGCUGAAUCUGUGGAGCCUGAAAGCAUAGACAAUCCUUUCAACGAAGCUCUAAAGGAACCAAACGUUCAGGAAUCCAAAGGCAAGCGAGUUCUAAUAGAAGAAAUAGAUAACAUGUAUUCCAUAAAAGAAGAACUUAAGCUCCAGCCUGUUGGGGGAAAGGAACAUGACGUCAGUAAGGAAGAAAUGAUAGCAACUGGGUUAAAGGAAAAGCCAGUGCCAAGCAAUGAAAGGUCUGAGGCAAUAAUGGAAUCAUAUGAAUCAGUGGCACAUUGCGAAACAAACAGCGCCGUGGAACCGUCUCUUCUUCAAUCAGACAGCGUCUCGAAGCCAGCGCUACCUCAUUCAGACGCCACCUCGAAGCCGCCACUACUUCAAUCCGACAGCGAUUCAGAGCUGGAUAACAGCGCAGAUCUUGAGCAGACAUGUCAAACACUGCUGCACGUGGCCGAGGGCAACAACGAUGGCGAGGAACCCACACCCAAGGAAGUAAAAUCCAAGCUCAUCGAUGAAAUGUACUCCAGUUUUGGCUCGGAAAUAAUUGAUCAGCUUUCGCUGCCCCUCGAUCAGUUGCUGAACGAAAGCAACACACAAUACGAGCUGUCGGCCAAAGUGUGUUGCGAGGAGGAGACACCCACCACAGCCAGGGAUCUCUAUAAGGAAUUUGUGGACGAGUUCUCGCUGCCGCCGAAAAGCAAAGAACAGUUGGAAUGGGAACAGGAGUGCGCCGAUGCCAGUGAGAAAUGUGCGCACGAUUUGGCCGAAAUGGGCAGCCACUUGGAGGAGGAUCUGCAAGAGUUGCGCGAUCAAGCAGAGAACAUGUGUGACAACGUCCCCGAGAAAACAGAGUCUUCAGACGAGUCGGAUGAGGAGUUAAACGAGGCCGCGCUGGAGGCCAAGUCGGCAUUGCUAAGGGCACAGUUCCAGGAGCGCAGACAGCGACUCAAGGAGGCGAUGGAAGAGCGCAAGGAACUGCAGGACAAACAAGAUGCCGCCAAGGCAGAACUGGCCAGUCUGACCCAGCGCUACAGUCUAUUUGCCAAGGUCAUGGACGAUGCCACGGAUAAUGUGCCGAAGCGUGUGUUUGGCGCUGGCUCCGAUACACCUAGCCAGGAUUGGGAUAAGGAAGAGUGCAUGCGGCAGUUGCCACUCACCAGCAUGGAGGACGACAUCAAAGAGCAACGCAAACCAUCUGCCAAUGCUGAGGAUGAUGAUGACGAUAUACUGACACGACCCGUGACGCAGCAAACCAGCGCUGAGGCCGCUGAGGAGAUUUGCGACAGGUUGAAUCGAAAACUGGCUGGCGAGGAGGCAACACUGCGUCAGCUGCUCGCUGAGCUGGAAAAUGAAAAUGAGACUUUUUACAGCUUUGAUACUGAAAUCAAUUACGAACGGUCCUUAAGCUCGGAGGACACGCAAUUGGAGAUGGAUUGUGCCUCGCUGCUCAAUGAUCUGAUCAGUGAUGUCAUCUACAAAGACAUCACGGAAAUGGGUCCCGACAGCUAUCCCCUGGGACCGUUUGAGUCCGACGACGAGAACACCUACUCGGAGGAGCCAAAGGUGGAGAAGCUGGUGCCGCCACAUCUGGAGAAUCCAGCGGGGGGCAAGAGUCUGCGCGAAUGUAUGGACACGUUCAAGGAGUUCCUUGCGAACAAAUCGAACGAUAAGGCCCGACCUGUAUCCUCCACACGCUUGGAGAAAAUACGUGCAGCCAAGGCGUUGCUGCUGUCCAAGAGCCUGGGGGAUUUCAGCAAGGACACGCCCGAAAGUUUGGACGCUCAAUUGGCCAAGGAUGAGGAAAAUCGCAAGCGACAUGCGGCUGCCUCGGCGGGACGCUGCUAUGCCAAGCGGGAGAAGUACGAUGACACUUUGGAGGUCGUCGACAAUCGUCUGAUGGUCGUCAAGAAGGACACUGGUGAGCUGGAGGAGCUGCCACCGCCACCAGAACUGGUCAGUGACUCGGAGGAGGAGGAUGACGACGAUGCCUACGACACUGCAGACGAUGAGACGCACCAAAGUAUUCCACGCACACCCUGGAACACACCGUACGAGCCAAAGCCACGCAAAUCUGCCGAGCAUUUGGUCGACGAAGCCAUGAAACGCUGUCUGGCUAAACAACUCCAGGAAUUUCCGGAUGACACAAAGGAAAAUGAUUCGCUGGAGGAGGAAUUCUUUUCGCAGCAGGCCAAGCAAACAUUUGGCAAUCUCGAUUUAGAGUUCUUUGAAAAAUUGGAUCUCGAUAAGGUAACGACGGCGAACAAUGCGGAGGCUGCCACCAAAUGCAUGCUCAGCUACAAUGAACUGAAGGCUUGCAUGAAGUCGGGCGCCACGGAGCUGCAGUUGACCAGCGAGGAGAACGAAAUGCUGGAGGAGAUGCUGUCCACCCAUGAAGAUCUAGAGGCCAGGGCCAAGUCCAGCGAUCCGGAGUUGGAGCGGGAAAACGAAUUGUUGAACAAAAUGAUGCAACGCAUGAAAGAGGACGAGGAGCAGGCACGUGAGUUGCAGAAACAAGAGAAGGCAGCACUGCUGCAGCGGCAGCAGGAGGAGGACUCAAAGCCCAUACAACUUUCAUUGAGUGCGGGAUCCACGCUGUAUCAGCGUUGGAAUCCUAUGUCUAUUGAGCAAGAUGAUGGUGCAAAGGGAGACGGAAUUCUAAAAGCAAAAGAAGUAGCUCCACAGGCAGCAGAAACAGUUCCCCAAGUAGAAGAAGUUCCUCCAGCUGAUGGACAAAUUCCAGAAGGAGCACAAAGAGUUCCCCAAGCCACAGAAAGAUAUCCACAGCGAGUGUCAAUGCCCCCAGUCAUUGGUUUCGAGGAUAUUGAUGACGAUGGGGCUCCAUCCGAUGUCACAACAGAUUAUUCAUCCGACGAGGAGUUGGCCGUUGUUGAGCCACCAAAAAUCUCAACCGAAAUGCUUAAAGCCUACUACUACGAGGGCUUCGAAGAGGACAUGCGUAUGGUGCGCGAGAAUGAGGUCAGAGCACGUCGCGGACUGCUCAAAAUAAUUCAAGAGAAAAAGCAAAUGUUGCAGGAUAAUGAACUAGAAAUGGAAGCGCAUCAAGAAAAGCUUCCACAAGUAAAGUCUGAGACAGAAAAGCAGGACAAGCCGUUGGUGGAAACGGCCAAGGAUAAGUGGGCCAAAAUAGCCUCCAGAUUGAAUGAAUUUCUCGACCCUGAGGCCUUGGCGCAGCUGCAAAGUCACGAAUACGGCGAAAGUGAUGGCGAGGAAGAUGAUGAGGAUAUUAUGGAAGAUGUUGCGGGCUUGGAAAACUUUGAUGACGAUUCAGAGACACACUUAGACGGUGCUGUGGCAGGAACUUCAGAAGAAGAAAAAGCUGCAAUCACUGAGCCAAAGAUUGAGCUGGAAACCUCUCCCAAAGAUAACUCCGACGUUUCAGAAUUUUUUGAGCAAAUGAGUAGAUUGAAAAUAGCUCCCGAAGAAACCUCUGGCCUUGUGGAUUCAGAGAAGACAAAACCAGUUACUGAAUAUGAAAUAAUAAUCACAGAUGAUGCUAAUAUAGGUGAUGCCCCCACAGAGAAGCUGCUAAAGGAAAGCGAUAAUGAAAAUAAUAUAAAAGCCAGUGGAACACAGGAAAAGGUACAGGAAAACACAGCAGAAACUGCAGAGAGCACAACUAAUUUAACCGACAAAAAGACAUCCACAAAAUUUGUAAACCUAGACUACUUUUCGGACACUGAACCUUCUGAGUCACUAGUGGACACCACAACUACUGAAGCCACAGAACACUCAACCCAAGCCACGCUCAAAACCGAACAAAUAGAAUUUCAAGUGGAUGUUGUAAGCGAUGAUGGCGAUGUAGUCAAAGAAGUCACCGUGGAGGCACAAGUGACUUACCAGUAGCAGCCUUCGCUCGUUCUUUUUUCCUAGUUUUUAAUU